GCUAAAAUAACCCAAAUUCUAAGCUACGGUAUUAGAAAAGACAAUAAAAAACCUAAUUUGGAAGCAAAUUACAAUAAUCUAAGUUAUUUUGUUUGUGAAUGCAAAAUCCAAACUUGUUUCUAAUUUGAAAACCACCCUUGAACAGAUCAUAAGGUCAAGAUUCGGCAAUCCUACCGGCUUCCUAUGAAUAUAUGCUAGGGCGGGUCAACAUUCGAAGGUUCGCAGUAGGAUUCCCUUCACUCGUUUUUGCUUGCUGGGCACGAAGCUUCAACUAUACAUAAGCGUACAAGUUUCAGUCAAGCUCCUCCUUCUUCCCAAACCCUCUCCCUUAAGUUGCUCUCUAUUUCUUGCUUUUCAUGCUUGCUUGGAUUUCGGGUUUUGUGGGCCUUGUUUCUUUUUAGAGAGAGAGAGAGAGAGAGAGAGAGAGAGAGAGAGAGAGGAUGAAGUGUAGCAGUGAGUCUUCUUCCAAACCGGACAGGAAGACAGUGGAGAGAAACAGAAGAAUUCAAAUGAAAAGUCUCUGCUUCAAGCUUGCUUCACUUGUCCCUCCCCAACACUUCAAAACCACCAACUCCAAGGAUACCGUGUCACAGCAAAAUCAGCUUGAUACUGCGGCAUCCUAUAUAAAGCAACUAAGAGAGAGAAUAGAGAAUUUGAAGGAAAGGAAGGAGAAAGCAAUGAGAUCACAAUUAGGCAGUUCUAAUUCUGACAUUGGUUCUAUUGCUGCCGAAAAUGCCGUAAUGACGGGAUCAAGAUUACCAGUUCUUGAAAUAAAAGACUCGGGUUCCUGCAUAGAAGUUAUGUUGAUUAGUGGGUUGAAUAAGAACUUCAUGUUUUAUGAAGUCAUCCGUGUUCUUCAGGAACAAGGAGCUGAAGUUGUGAGUGCUAGCUUUUUCACUGUAGGCGAUAAAGUUUUCCACUCAGCACAUGCUCAGGUCAAAAUUUCUAGAGAUGGAGUAGACACUUCAACGGUAUGGCAGAGACUACAGGAUUUGUUGUACUGAGUAGCUAGCUAGCUAGCUAGCUUUACCUCUUGAAAGCUGAAGAUUUAUAAAUAAUGUUUUAGCAACUGCAUCAUGAAAGAGCUCUGGAAGGAGAGACUGUGAGAAUAAGUAGCUGUGAAAUAAAGCAGCUAAGUGCUUGAUAAACUUUUUUGUAAAAGUGCUUUUGGAAAAAAAAAAAAAAAAAAAAAGUAGUAUUAUAGUGUUUAGUAAAUUUUUAUGUAAAACAAUUGUGACAGUGUGAAAUGACCAAAAAAGAUAUAAUACUAGAUGUGUCAUUAAUUUAAUUUUCUUAAGUCUUCCCCCCUUAUUUUCUCCAUCUUCAUCGAGAAGUCUCUCCCACUGCCCCACUAUUGAACCAAACUUUCCAAAAACCAAAAACAUCUCUUUAGAAGUCUCCCCCACAACCGCAAUUUUCUCAAAUUUUAUUUUUUUUACUUCGUCUUCUUCUUUUUUAUUUUCUGCUCCGUUCCUCAAUCUCUAUCACCUGUCCUUUGAUUUGCAAUACAUACAUGGUCUAGCUGCUCGAGGAGUUCAUUAUAUGCAUCGAGCAGGGCCAACGCUCUAGGAUGCUGGUUUCUUUCUUCUUCCGGGUCUAAUCAUUUUUUCUUUUUGAAACUGUAUAGCGUGAAUGUGAUCAUAUGAAGUAAUUUCCUCUAUUUAAUUUUGGGUAUU